ACGUGGCAAGACCUGUGCGACCGACCUGGAGGACACUCUCGAUUCUCGUGUUUGGCCAAAGGGACACACUGGAAGGGCAGUGCGAUUCGGCAAAUUCUAUUCCUGAUCGGUGUCGUCACACGAUUAACUGCAGUUGGAACCGAUCGGUGCUUCCUCGAGGGUUGUUUUAAAUUUUUACCUCCAAACAAUGGCGAACAGUCAGUUCGUUCGAGCAAUAGUAGACGGUAAUGGUUUAACAGUUUUCGAUUGUGUCGGUUUUGAUUAAAGAACAAUAGAAUUAGCUAGUAGAUAAUCCCUUUGAUGUUCCGGGUAGUUUGAACUUAGUUCCCCUUAAUAGAAUGUAUCCGUCCCCUGGUCCAUAGUUCGGUGAUAGUGAAACGAAUCCAGUUUCGUAAAUUAGUUGGUUCCAUCUGGCAUCCCCUGUAUAUCUGAUCUGACUUAGGGAGAAAGCAGACUUAAACGUAUUAUAUAGGCUAUCCUCUAGAGAAAAGCUAAGCUCACUUAAUUUUAGAAACGGUUGUGAUUGUUGGCAAUUUCUGUAUUUCCUAGUGAGUGUUCACUUAGCGGAAAGAAAAGCUUUGUCUUCUUGUGGUUAGUGUAGAUAUAAAGUGAGUUUUCUGUGCACGAUAAUAAGUUAGUGUAAGAAGAGACGCAACAUUGUCCCCUGCUUCCGUUGGGCAGACGAAUGUGAGUGUGCUUGAAUUUAAUUAAAAGGCUGACGCAACGAAGAGAAAAAUCUCCAUGAAAGUGUUCCAUAAAUUCAAAACGGUGGAAAGAAAUCAAGUGACAGUGUGCUUUCGUUUCCUUCCUGAGACAAUUUUUGUGUGUGUUUUCUCUACCGAACCAAAUAGGUUCUCGUACUUUGCGCGGAAAGGACCACGUUUUUCCGUUUGCCUCAUUUUCGCAUAAACAUUUCCACGCCACGUCCCCAAGCGAAACGGUAAACGCGCAGUUGAAACAGUUAGUGAAAGACGACAGGAAAGUUCGUUUCAUGUUUUUCCAUCUAACUUAAGUCACACUUUUUCCGGCACACUUGCCAUUGCGUUGCCGGGAGCCCUCUACUAUUUCUAUUCAUGUACGGAACCGACCGUAAGACUAUCUAAUCCGGUGAAAUAUCGUCGCUUGCCUUUUGCUCGUAGCAAAAUCCUGUCUGGGCAAGCCGUAAGUGAAUGAAUCUUGGCGACAUUCUGCCAUGAUAUCGAGACUUCAAUCGUUGAAAUAAACCGGUGUCGAGCGACCAGAAUAAAUACCAAGAACCUUUCGGAGAAAAAGUGGAACCGAACCUUUUUUGCCCAAUCCAGUGGAAAAAUAAUUCCAAACUGUAAACACGUGAUAAUUCUCAUCGUCCAUCCUCGGAAGCAAAAAACGAAAAAAAAUCAGAAGUAAAUUCAAUCCCAUCCCAGUCGACAGAAAAACUAUCAUCCUGUACCAAACUAUCUCCGUUUCCGCCUGCUGCCACUGUAACUGACUGCCAUCAGGGUGGCUAGUGAAAAGUGUGCGACAAGUGUGUAGCACGUGCCACUGCUGCACCGAAAACGACGCCUGCUGUUUUCGUAAGUCGCGUCCAAAAAAAAGAAAAGAAACCAAAGUCGGUCCAGCAGCAGCAGCAGCACCAGCAGGGAUCGAAGGGUGGGAAAGGACCCGUGGUUUGGCUGUGUGUGUGGAGAGAAGAAAGAACCGAAAGCACUAUCCGUUUCGAGGAAUCCAAGUGAGCGGCUGCUGAAAAGUGAAAGAAACGCGAGUGGCUAGGGCAGCAAGUUGAACUGAAGUGAGUUUGUUUUUCUUUUUUUUUUUGUUUUGGCUUCCAGCACGGAAAGGACUCUUUGAAGAAGGUGUUGUUUGUUGGUAGAAUCGAUCGAUCGAUCGGCUUCAGCUGUCCUUUCUCGAAUUGAGCUGGUGAUGAUGCCGGUGAUACCGACGCUGACGCAGUUGUUGAUGAUGAGCCCGAUGCCGAUGCCGAGAAAUCGAAACUUGCUGCAGUGGAUAAGUUGUGACACGAACUGAGUCAAGUUGUGGGACCGACCAGCCCCAGAGAGUGGAGGCAAGCUGGCAAGCCAGUUAAAACAGAGGACAUUGACAGGGGACGUAUUAAACAUACGAUGAGCUAUCAGCAAGGAAAAAAUCGCCUCUAUCCAAGAUACUCUUUCAAUUCUUCGGACAACGAGGAUACUCCGAUCCAUCGGUCUAUUUACGCACAGCCCUACAAUUCGCAGCUAUUGCAGCAGCAACAAUCUCAACAACAAUUACAGCAACACCAGCAACAACAACAACAACAACAGUGCAUUCUUCCGGUGGUAGUCGGUGCCCAAUCUGCCAACUACUACGGCGGAUACCGAUCGGUGAAAAAUUCCGUCGGUAUUGUCGGUACGGGACACGGACAAUCGAGCGUGACCUCCACGACACCCCCAUCGGACAACGGUUCCAGUGCGACGUUGACGGACGCUGAGGCGAUAUUGGCUAGGGAGAACACGCUGCUGGUUAAUAACGGUGAGUUUGGGAACUUUUUCAAAUCUUUCCGUGUUCCAUUCCCCAGUGCGGAAGGGGAGAAUCUCAACGGAUUUGGAACACUAGUCAUUCCGACCAGAACAAGGAAAGGGUACAAGUGGAUGCACACCGGCGGCGGCAGCGGCAUAGGUGGAACGGCCGGUAUUCAUAUCCGGAGAAAAUGA